CGCAGCGACUCAAGAUUCUCCUGCACACCACCAGUCGACAGCGCUGCUCUCAAGUCACAGGUGGGCAGAUCCCUCUCUAGGCCUUUCAUAUAGCACGGAAGGUGAGCUUCCCGCUCCUGUAUCUUCCCCUGCCCCAUCAUCCCGCAAACUCACUGCAUGAUGCACGUUAGGCAUAACAGCGAUCCCUCUCUCGAAAUUUACACCGCCCGCGGGUGUGCGGCGGUCUAUCCUACCAGGCCCCGAUUUGACUCCGGCGAGGUUGCGCCCCUCCCAAAUUCCGUUGCACGGCUCACGCGCGAGUGCAGCGCGCUGCGGUUGCGACUAGCCACCGCGGAGCGACGCGAGCGAUCAGGUCCGUUCGGCCCAUCGACAGCACCCGUCGAAGCACGCACGCCGCCAUCAGCGCGAUUCGAGCUCUCAUUAGAGACGGCCUACGCGCACCGCGACGCCGCACGCUCACACAUACAGAUCGAAAUCAUGAAGCUCGCCGAACGGUACAAGGCGUUGCAGGAGACCCUGCGGGAGAUGCAGGAGUCGUUGCGGACGAAGGAUAGGGAGAUCGACACGUUGAGGCAGGAGAGAGACAGGUUGGUCGCUGAGCGCGACCAGGCGAGGGUGGAGAGAGACCAGGCGAGGACGGAGCGCGACCAGGAGCGAAUGAAGAGCCAGAGGGCGCCUUUGGAGAGUGGGUCGGCCGAGAACAGAGAGCAGAACGGGGUGCAGCACAACACUUGUCGCCGGAGUCGGACCCCGAGCCGGAGUAGAGCACCGCGCAGGAUCGAGAACGUACCCCCCGUCCCCCAGAAGCCGCAGGCGGUCAUGGAUGCCGAGCAGAUAGCCCGGACACGGAGCAUGGAUAUCUUCAUGACGAAGACGGACAAUUGGUCGGGCGCACAGGUCAUUCAGGCCGUAGAGGAUCUGAACGCCGAGAUAAAUCAGUUUGCUGCGAGCGCGACGGAGACGUGUGCGUUCGCGAAGAGGCUGAAGGCGAGGUCGCCGCCCCCGACGUCGGACACGGGUCCCCUGCAGGACGAGGAGAGCGCACCUUGGCUAGGCGCGGCAUUCGCGCAUGCAUUGUCGUCCCGCGACCACACGCAGGAUCCGAUCCUCGUCCAGCUCGCGCUGCAGGCCAGCAUCGCGACCUGCUGUGCACGCUCGCUGUCGCUGUUCUGCGUGGGCUUCCCGUCCAAGCUCGACGCGCUUCUCUCGCGCGUGCUCACGCACAUGCAGUCAUCCGAACCGCAGGCGACGUCUGCGCGAUGGCGCGCGUUGACGCAUCGAUCAAUCCGGAUGCUGUACCCUGGGCUGGAGGAGUACGCUAUCACGGAGCUUGUGGCGACCAUGCUCAAGUGGUCAUCGACUGUUUUCGCAUUAGCCGGCUCGUCGCCGACGACAGAGCCGUCGCCUGCUCUCGUGCCCAGCACCCAGCUACGGCGUAUCGCAGAAGCCGUGUACAGACUUGCACGAGUGACGCGUGAAGAGAUCCUCUCCACCAGCUUCGAAGUCGUCCUCGUAGAGAGCGGAGAAACCUUUGACGAGGGAAGCAUGUCGAACAAGAUGAGGGACUAUGAGGAGUUUAUCGCAGACGACGCAGCGAGCGUGCACAGUUACUCGAGCGGCAAGUCAGGCGGGGCGCGAGCGGGCGGGGCAAGCACUGGGAAGGUGCUCUGCACGACAGAGCUGGGGCUGCGUUGUAUGACGCGUAAGUCGAAGAGGGCAUCGACGGCCUCGGACGAUAACGCGGAGGAGCCCUUUGAUAACCGCAUACUAUUGCUUCCCAAGGUCGUGCUCAACUCGGCCCUGGAAGCAAUAGACCGGGGUCAGUGAUAUGUAAAAUGCUCGACGCCCUUCUUUUGUAUCUUCGGUAUGUAUGCGGAUCUGAUCUGUAGCACACUCAUUCUGUAUCAGUACAACACUUCCUAACUUAUGUCAUAUGGCAUGAACUUGGAGACUGACAGGACCGUCGACAAAUGAAGAAGCAUAGGUGCAUUACAAUUCGUCACUGGUAGGUAGUACCGUGUUGCGCUUCGCUUGUUGCCAGAGAGUCGACGGGCCCCGCGCUAUUGUCGCCGGGUACUCGCUCUUCACAUAUC